UACGCGGCGCAAGAUGGGGACUUGGCGGCGGGCAAGACUGAACCUCCCAGCAUGCUUUGCAGCCCGGCCGAGAGGCCCGACGUCUAGUGAUGGGGAACCCUUGGUGCUCUACGCCGCCAAAUCGGCUGUAGCGGUUGAGGUUGAGCCCGGGGCCUGGGAAUUGGACGCUCGCAGAGGGGGAAAAUGGAAGCGUGGCGCUGUGUGAGGAGGGGCUACGGCCGCUGUGCGGUGGGGAGAGGCAGAUACCCCAUGUUACCCUAUCACCAGAAGAGUCUGGGCAGAGACUGGACUGCACCGUGGGAGAAUCUGCAAAGGUGUUGCUGGAACAGACAUAUUUCUAGUUGUAUGAGGUGGCCUGGACACUAUUCUCGUGCUCCUUACCCAUACUUCAGUAGUAGGCAUUUUUCACUAAAUUGGAGACCACCUUGUUUGUUUGAGUCUAGAACUCAGUUUCAGUACUGGAACUGGAGACCUGACACCCUGAGCCAGACAUCUUUGAUUCAUCUCUCUAGUUACAUCAUGAACUCUGAGGGAGAUGAGCCUUCAUCAAAACGAAGAAAACACCAAGGCACAAUAAAACGGCAUUGGGAAGAUGUAUGUAACCAUAACAAAGAAGAAACGAAGAUCCUAGGAGACAAAAAUGAUGACCCCAUAUGUGAAGACAGUGAGAACAAGUUUGACUUUUCAGUGAUGUCCUAUAAUAUACUUUCUCAAGAUUUAUUGGAAGACAAUUCACACCUUUAUAAACACUGCCGGCGACCAGUAUUACACUGGAGUUUUAGGUUUCCCAAUAUUCUGAAAGAAAUUAAACACUUUGAUGCAGACGUACUUUGUUUGCAAGAAGUGCAAGAAGAUCAUUAUGGAACAGAGAUCAGGCCAAGUUUGGAAUCAUUGGGUUAUCACUGUGAAUACAAGAUGCGGACAGGAAGGAAACCUGAUGGCUGUGCCAUUUGCUUCAAACAUUCCAAAUUUUCCCUCUUAUCAGUGAACCCAGUGGAAUUCUACCGCCGUGAUGUUCCUCUACUGGACAGAGACAAUGUUGGAUUAGUGUUACUCUUGCAGCCCAAAAUCCCAAGUGCUGCCUCCCCUGCGAUCUGUGUGGCUAACACACAUCUGUUGUAUAACCCAAGGCGAGGUGAUAUUAAACUGACCCAGUUGGCAAUGCUUCUGGCAGAGAUUUCCAGUGUUGCCCAUCAGAAAGAUGGCAGCUUCUGCCCCAUUGUUAUGUGUGGUGACUUUAAUUCUGUUCCUGGUUCUCCACUCUAUAGUUUUAUAAAGGAAGGGAAAUUGAAUUAUGAAGGACUUGCCAUAGGAAAGGUAUCUGGCCAGGAACAAUCUUCACGGGGACAAAGAAUUUUAUCUAUUCCAAUUUGGCCCCCAAACCUAGGUAUCUCACAGAACUGUGUGUAUGAGGUACAGCAGGUACCAAAAGUAGAAAAGACAGACAGUGAUCUGACACAAACACAGCUGGACAAAACAGAGGUCCUAGUAACAGCUGAAAAAUUAUCUUCAAAGUUACAGCACCAUUUCAGCUUGUCAUCUGUGUAUUCCCAUUAUUUUCCUGACACUGGAAUUCCAGAAGUGACCACCUGUCAUUCCCGAAGUGCCAUAACUGUGGAUUAUAUUUUCUAUUCUGCUGAAAAGGAAGGCGUUGCUGGGCAGCCAGGAGCUGAAGUUGCUUUGGUUGGUGGCUUGAAACUUCUAGCUAGACUGUCACUUCUUACAGAACAAGACUUAUGGACUGUUAAUGGACUUCCAAACGAAAAUAACUCUUCGGAUCAUCUGCCUUUAUUGGCUAAAUUCAGACUUGAGCUCUGACUCUUUGAUUACAUAUAUACUGUGCUUUCCCAUUUAUGUUCUUUUUCAAAGAAUGUAAAGUUGUACUUAAGAGUUUGCAUGUUACUUAUUUUUACACUAUGGAAUUUCUGAAGAGGUUAUGUUAAAUGCUUGAAACAGGUAGCAGAAGAAACAAGUUUACAACAAUUUUUUUUGAUAAUGAAAAAAUAUUUUCCUGACAAGUGAGAUCUAAACGCUCUUUAUUGUAAAAGAGUUGUAAAUAUUUAUUCUAAAUUCCAGUAAAAUUGACAGUGAUUUUUAAAUAUAGUGCAGUUUCUUUAGUCCUCUUAGUAAAGAAUUUCAUGUUUUUGGCAAGCUUUACAGUGGAUCCAAAAUAUCUUUGAGUUCUUACAAACCACAACUCAUUUCCCUUGCAGAGGCCCGAUUUCAUCAUGAGGAUCAUGUUUGUUGAGUCCUAAGUAGUUCAUCUCAGAAAUCAUCGUGUUCACAGGUGUCCAACCAACCCUUGUAGUUUGUUUUUGAGGGGGCUCAGUAAUGCUUUUUAAAAUUGUACAAAUUGCUUAAUCCACCUUAUUACUAUCCUGAGCCAUGUAAUAUGCCUGCAUUUUAUUGGGGAAAUAUAGGUCACCAUAACUAGUAGGAUGAAGGGCUUUACACAAGCCCGCUUUCCAUCCUGUCAUAGACCAUUGCAGGAUACCUAGGAGAGGCAGAGAUUGGGGUUAUGCCUUGUGUUUCCCUAGUAAUUUUUUUUUUCUAUUCAGUUUCAAGAAAAGAUCCCUGGAUUGGGAAAGAUAUUUUAUUUUACUUAACUAAUCCUGUAGAAAUUUAUUUUAUUAGGAAACUUAUAUUUGGAACAAAGUGGCAGCUAUAAGGUUAUUUUUAUUUUGCCUUAGAAAUAAGAGGAAGCCAGCAAAACUCUAGAGAGAUAUCAACUUGGAGACCUAAUGCUUGUAAGUAGUAAC